UUUUAAUUAAAGCAUUUCCUUGAUUUUCUUUGUUGGCCCUCUUCUAUUUUUCCGUUUGAAAUUGAUUUAGGAGCUUGAUUUCUACUAAGAUGAACAACUCUGAAACUCCCCUGGAAUUUGAAGUUUCGCCAUGAAUGGGAUCAGAAACACUGUCUCUGCUGUUGGAGAGAUAGCAGGCGAGCUGGUCAAGCAGGUUGGAUGGCAGGUUUCAACAGAAACAGUGACAGACACGCUUCGGGCUUUUGCUGAUUUGGAAGAGAAAUAUGAAGACUUAAAGCGAGAAAAGCUGUUGCUACGCGUCCUGAGAAAUGAUAUAGAGAGUGAAGUUCAGAGAAGUAGAGAGAAAGCUACCACAAGUUCUUACAGCUUAUGGAUCACUGAGGCAUCAGAGGUUGAUGAAGAAGUGAAUGAUUUGUUGACCAAGUAUGAAGAAAUGAAAACUUCAAACCGAUUUUGGCUACGACCAAGUCUGUCUUCAGAGAUGGAAAAAAUGAUUGUUGCAAUUAAGCAACUAGUUAAAAAGAAAAGUUCUAUGGUUUUUCAAGUUGACAAGCCUCCAGAGCGUGUCUUAAAAAUUUUAAACGCUCCUCAUAUUGUAGGUUAUCCUACCCUACAAGGUGCACUAGAAAAAGUUCUGGAGUUGGUCAAAAAUAGUAAAAUAAAAGCCAUUGGAGUUCAUGGGUUGAAAGGGGUGGGGAAAACAGCAAUAAUGCACAAUUUGAACAAUCAUGAAGAGGUUGCCAAGUUGUUUGAUAUUGUCAUUUUUGUGAGAGUCUCGGAUGAUGAGACUCAUCUUGAACUCCAACAAAAAAUUGCAAGGCGAUUGAAGGUGGACAUCAAAGGGAUCGAUGACCCUGAAGAUAUUGCUCGAAAAAUCCAUGAAGAUCUGAAGAAUAAGAAGUAUUUGUUGAUUUUGGAUGGAGUAGUGGACUCUAUUGAUUUGAGUCAGCUGGGAAUGCCAAACAAUGACAUUUAUAGUAAGGUUGUGGUAACUGCUCAACAUCAACAAGUUUGUACCUUGAAUGAAGCAGACAGGUUGAUCAAAGUUGAGCCAUUAUCUCGUGCUGAGGCAUGGAAGAUGUUUCGAGAUACUGUUGGUCCUAUAAUUGACCGGCCAGACAUUCCAGAGAUUGCUCAACGUGUAUGUGACAAGUGUUCUUGUCUUCCACUACUAAUACAUAAGAUAGCACGUUCUUUCAAAUUGAAAGGGAGUGCUUCAAGUUGGAGGGCAGGGCUGGAAGAUCUCGAAGAACGAUGGCCAGAUUAUGAAAAUGAAGGUGUGAAUGAGUUGUACUCAUUCCUGACAUUCUGCUAUGAUGAGUUGAAAGAUGAAAAGAAACAGAAAUGCUUUCUGUAUGCUUCAUUGUACCCGGCUGAUAGCCAGGUUUACAGUGAUUAUUUGGUGGAAUGCUUGGCGGCUCAGGACUUCCUUGGUGAUGUCAAUGGUAUAAGAAAGUACCAAAAUGCACGUGAUCGUGGUUAUGCAAUACUAGAGCACCUCGCUAAUGUCUCAUUACUAGAAAAAGGAAAACAAAUGAUAUAUGUCAGCAUGAAUGGUUGUAUGAAACAACUUGCAUCAUAUAUAUCUUCUAAAUAUCCUGAGUGUAGUACUUAUGUCCAUGCUAGAGAGGAACUUGGGGAUCCUGAAACAUCAAAAUCUUGGCAAAAUGCUAAGUGGGUAUCUUUGAUUGACAGCAAUUUGCAAGCUUUACCAAUAGACCAAGAUUGCAGUAAGCUCAAGACGUUAUUGUUGCAGAAGAAUCCAGAGUUAUCUACAAUUCCUAGAACAUUUUUCAAGAAGCAUAUGAGAAAUCUGCUGGUGUUAGAUUUGUAUGGUACUGGAAUUAAAAGUCUUCCAUCAUCUGUAUCGAAGCUGACUGGUCUAAGAGGACUGUAUCUUAAUGAUUGUAAGCAUCUGACAUUGUUGAAUUGUGGAUUAAGAUCACUUGAACGGCUUGAAUUCCUUGACAUUCGCGGAACCAAAGUGGCCUUCUUAUCAUCUGAUAUUGGAUACUUGACCAAUUUAAGGUGCUUGCGAAUCCCAUACAUUAAAAUUGUAGAUCAAAGUGAAGAUCCCGCUGUCAAUGCUGAUUAUGGUGCGCUCUCAAGGCUUCAAAAAUUAGAAGAAUUGAUAAUUGAAGUGGUUUCCUACCAGGAAUGGUGUAAUGAUGCUGCGAAUGUGAUGCAGCAGUUGGCUUCUCUGGAAAAUCUAACCAACCUCAGGUUCAGUUUUCCCACUUCAAAUAUUCUUGAAAAUCUUCUAACAAGGAGAUCUGGAAAGCAAUUCAGUUCAUUCCGAUUCUUCAUCGGAUGUCAAAACUCUAAGCGUCCUUCAAUUCUUGAAUCUUUUGAGUACAGAAUUUCCAAAUAUUUAAGAUACAACAAUGGCGGCUGCGAGGACACUCCUGCAAUUAGUGUUAUACUUCCCCAAACUGAUGCAUUAGAAUUGAUCAACUGUAACCACAUCAGAGACCUGUCAAACCUUGGAGCAGAAAGCUUGAAGCGUAUACGUGGUAUUCUGAUUGAGAAAUGCAUUGAAAUUCAUACCCUUUUACCAGGAAUUGUGAAUGGCACAAGACAUGUAAGCAUCCUUCCAAAUCUUGAGCAACUGCACCUGAUAAAUUUGCCCAGGUUGAGUUGUGUUUUGGAGGUCCCUUGCAUCAGGAAUCCCUUUCCAAACUAAGGGCUUUAACAUUGAAAGAUUGCUCAUCUUUGAAAUACAUUUUUGGUGAUGGAGCUAUUCAACAUUUCUCAGAACUUCAUAUCCUAGAAGUUCAAAACUGUUCAGAUUUUGAAGAACUCGUUGCAGCGGCUGAUCUUGGCAGCGUCAUGCUUCCCAAAUUAGAGGUUUUAGUGCUGGCAAAUUUGCCAAGAUUCAGAUCUGUGUGCAUAGAUCAGACAUUGCCGUGGUCCUCACUGGAGGUCCUUAAAAUACAUAAAUGCUCAAAAUUGAGAUCAUUGCCUUUUAGCAAGGAGAAGGCAACCAACCUGAGAUCUAUCAAAGGUGAACAAGAAUGGUGGGAUGAACUGCAUUGGACGGACAAAGAGCAUUUUCAACAUGCAUUUGCAGCCUCAAGUGAGCAUUAGUCAUUUUUCUUUGUUGUACUUAUUGAUGUAUGAAUUGAAAGACUAGUUGUGCCUUUCUCAUGGACUAUUACAUUCCUAGAUCCUAGUGUGGUUUGGUACUGCUGUAAACUGUAAGAAGUAUAUGACUGCUGUAAUAUGUGUUUUGUUACUUUACCACGACUGUUGUAAUUUGUUCUGUAUUACUUUAAUAUUUAAAAUGUUGACGAUAUAGAGCUUGUUGAAAAUAUCAGUUGAUGUUC